AUGUGGUCAGCUGAUGAAGUUGCUGAGCUGUGUUACCUGCAUUAUAGGACCAGACUCCCAAAGCAGGGGAAACCAGACCCAAGCAGGGAAUGGACUUCAUUGGCAGCUGUUGUCAAAGUGGAGUCUGCAACCCAAAGAGAGGUUCUUGCUAAUCCAGGGAAUCUGCAGGUAAAGAAGGAAGUUGUUGCUAUGGGAACUGGAACAAAAUGUAUUGGACAAAACCAAAUGAGAAAAACUGGAGACGUUUUGAAUGACAGUCAUGCUGAAAUUGUGGCCAAAAGGAGCUUCCAGAGGUAUCUUCUCCAUCAGAUAUGGCUGGCAGCUUCCCAUCAGCAAUGCAGCAUCUUUAUUCCAGGAACUGAAACUGGGAAAUGGAAACUCAAACCAAAUACCAUAUUUAUUUUCUUCACCAGUCAUACCCCAUGUGGAGAUGCCUCUAUUAUUCCAAUUAUUGAACCAGAAAAUCAGAUUUUUAAGCCACUGACUGGAGAUGAUGCAGCUGGACAAUCAGCAGAGUGUAGAAGUAGCCAUGAUCGUUUGGGUCCAGAAGAAAAAAGGAAACCAGAGAAAAUGGCAAGUAAUCACGUAAUCAAGAGAAUGAGAACUGCUGAUGAUGGUUCUUUUUCCGUAACCAUGGAAGAGCUGGAUGUUCAGCAGCAACGAGCAGACGACACGUGUCCAAGCAGCUGUGAACGUUCUGCAGAGAUGGGAACAGCUAGUAAGGAGACUGGCUUAGGGAGACCAAAGGUAGCAGAUGUUCAUAGAACUGGAGCAAAAUGUGUACCUGGAGAGCUGGCUGAUGCCCGAAAACCUGGGUUAGGGUAUCACUGUGUGGGUGCACUACGAGUGAAGCCAGGUCGUGGGGACAGAACAUGCUCGAUGUCCUGCAGUGAUAAACUGGCUCGCUGGAAUGUGUUGGGGUGUCAAGGAGCUCUUCUGAUGCACUUCCUGCAGUAUCCAGUGUAUCUGUCAGCAGUUGUAGUGGGAAAGUGUCCAUAUAGCCAAGAAGCUAUGCGGAGAGCAAUUAUUGAAAGGUGUCAGCACAUCUCAUUUUUACCAGCUGGUUUUCUUACUCAGGAGGUUAAGCUGCUGCAGUCAAAUCUUCAAUUUGAACAUAGCCGCCAGGCAAUGCAGGAAGUUCAAACUAACAGCAAAACAAAACUUGUUCCUUGUAGUGCAGCUAUCAGUUGGAGUGCUGUUCCUGAGCAGCCUCUGGAUGUCACCUCAGAUGGUUUCCGGCAGGGAACAACGAAGAAGGGGAUUGGGAGCCCUCAGAGCAGAUCCAAGAUCUGUAAGGUGGAACUCUUCCAUGCAUUCCAAAAGCUGGUGGCAAGCAUUUCAGAGGAGGAUCUACCAGACACUCUCCGGAUGAAGACUCUAGAAACCUACUGGGACUACAAGGAAGCUGCAUUGAACUAUCAAGAAGCCUGGAAAGUGCUGCGUAGCCAAGCCUUGCUGGGUUGGGUCAAGAAUGCCAAGGAAUACCUGCACUUCACAUAAGAAUACACAUGGAUAUGUAAAUCCAGCAGUAAGCCCUAGUGCA